AUGAAAACCUUCAGAAAAGCUCCUAAUGGAAAACAAUUCACAUACAUUCCAAUGAUAUCUGAUUGGAAGUUAUUCAUAUAUAAAGAGAUAUGCCGAUCUACUCCCAACCUUGAAUCGACAUUCAACGUCAUGUCUACAGCGCUUAAUCUGAAGACGGUAAAGCAAAAGCUGACCCGUCUACUUAACACCCUUUCCACCCUACUGAGGGAAGCCGAGGAAUAUCAAGAACCUUGGCAAUUCCCCACUGAAGUGAAAGAACUGCAACAUUUCUUGCUGAUGAAAUCCAUAACUUUGAAAAACCUCUAUAAACGACUGGAAGAACAAAAAGAAAAAGUAUGGAAGACUUAUGAGGAAUACACUUCAAGAAUUUACGACAUGCUCAUCGAUGCGGACAAAAAAGAAUUGGGAACAGUAACUGAAAUGGAAUUCAACUCUUACUGGGAGGAAAAAAAGGAAGAUGAUCUACUGCAGCUUACAACUGACUUAUUCAGUAAAUUAGAAAGUAGGCUGUUCGAAAUAGAAUUUCAGGAAGCCUCUUUGAAACUAGAACUUUUGGGAUCAAACCGAAACGAACUGCAAAACGAAAUCCGUACGAACGCGUUGAGGCCUGAAACGGUCAACCUCAGGCAUUUGCUAGGAGGAAUAAAAAUUCCUGAACUUAAUGGGAAAGCAAGUGAAUUUGACUCAUUUUGGGAAAUUUUUGAAGAAAUGGUUGAUAAACAGCCGUAUUCCAACAUCGAAAAAUUCUCAAUUCUACUUGAUUCUUGCAAAGGAGACGCAGCUAGGGCACUCAGAAUGUUUCCCAGAACAAGUGAGUCCUAUGAAAAAGCGAUACAACAAUUGAAAACGCAAUUUCAAGACCCAAAGAGAAUCAUCAUGAUGGUGAUAAGUCAACUCAAAGCCAUGCGACAAUGCAAAGAUGAGCCUAGGGCGCUCAGAAAUAACUUAAAUGAUGUCCAGGCCAUCAUUGCAACGUUGCGCAAAAACGGAGAGAUGGUAGACACUACAAACAUGAUAAGCAUGGUACUAGAGAAAUUCAGCAAGACAGUUCAAGAUGAGGUGCUACGUAAGGAGUUUGAUUCUGGAAUUGACUGGAACAUGGAAGACCUUUUGAAGAAUAUUUCCGCCAUAGUCAGAAGGCAAGAGCAUCUGGAAGGGCUUAAAGACCCAACAGAAAAAAGUAAUGAACUUCCUAUCUUCCAACUUCGAGCAACUAUAACAUGUACCGGAUGUGGUCGUAAUCACUUGUUCCAAUACUGCCCUAUCUACCGUACUGUAGAAGAAAAAAAUGAGAGACUGAAAUCCUCGAAGGCAUGCUGGAAAUGCUUUAGUAAGAAACAAAGUACAAGAGACUGUUAUAAACCUAAUUGUCCAGCGUGCCACGGACUUCAUAAUAUCAUCAUAUGCAAAACAUCAAGAAACGAAACGAAUACAACUAGAAAUUCGUACCAUAGGGCACAAAGCCCAAGAAGAGAAAACUCUCUAACACGAAUGCGCGGUGCUGGAGAUACACAACGACGCUUUCGAGAUAAAUCGCCCAAACCCAGACUGGAAGGCAAGAACUCAAAACCAGAAUCACCGUCACGGCCAAGGAUGUCAAGGGUCAGAUUCGCCCGUUCGCCAACACCACCCAGACAGAACAGAGACUUUCCUCUAUCUCAAGAAGAAAACAACGAACGUUCUCGACUUAUGAUCGUGCCUACACGUAUCUUCAACAAUUCUAACAAGGAAAUUGCAGAUAUUACUCCCGAGAGCAAAGUCGAGGAAAUGAAUAUCGCAAACAACUAUACAGGAAUAACACGGAAUCAUGUGGAGCGUUUAUCACCGAAGAUACGACUUUUAGUUAUGCGUGGAGGGAAACCCUUUGAAAGGGAAGUUUACAUGCAUGAUAGAGAACACAUGCAACUGUAA